UAUAGUGACAUUCUCUUUUCACAGAAGAUUCAUUGUUUAUCAUCAUUCAUCACCUCAGCUUUUCCUUUCUACCGCUGGACUAAUUUUCAAAAAGCAAAAGAGAAUCAAAAACACAAAGCAACCUCACAUCAACCCCACCACCCCAAACCUUCUGCAACUUCCACCUCCAUCCUAAUUCUUUCACCCAGACUCAUUCGAUUCAUCCAAGCCCUUAUUCCCUUCCUCAAAAUCAAACUUGCCCCUAAUUUAUAGCAACUAAAACUCCGUUAUUAUGUUCAUAUGUUGUUACUAUUUCCUUAAUUCUCUCCCUAAUUCUUGAAAGUUUCAAAACCAUGGAAAUAUGGAAUCCAUAUUCUCCUCAAAUUCCUCACCUUAACAACACCGACACCAAAAUCAACAACUUCACAUUCACACUUCCCCUCUAAACUCACCAACUAACUAAAAAUGGAGAUUCAGCAAACCCUAAAGCUCAUGGUCCACCACCACAACAGAGGAAAGGAAAACAACACACCAAAGCUGAAAUGGAGGAAAAUUUUCACUCUCCAACGAUCACCGCCGUCAUCAAAACCCAUCCAAACUCCACCGCCGGAAGAGUUCAUCUGCCCAAUCUCCGGUAAUCUAAUGGCUGACCCCGUGAUCGUAUCUUCCGGUCACUCCUUCGAACGAGCGUCGGUACAAUCAUGCAAGGAUCUCAACUUUACCCCUCAACUCUCCGAUGGAACCACCCCUGAUUUUUCCACCGUGAUCCCCAACCUCGCCCUCAAAUCCGCCAUCUCCAAAUGGUGCCACGCGUCAUCCACCCUCCUCCCUCAACCCCCACACCGGUCCCUCACCGACAACCUCGUACGGACCCUCAUUUUCUCAUCUUCCUCCCGCAAAAACAACGCAAACGAGUUAGUGGGAGAGAGAAUGCUAACAGCGAACCCUUCUUGUUCUUCUUCUUCUUCCUCCGUUGAGUCUAUUGCCACGUCAGCAUCGAGCUCCACCCCACCCGCUCAACUCACUGCGAAACCAAGCUUCUGCUACUCUUCACCUUCUUCCUCCGAACUCGAGCCAACAACCCCAGAAGCCGAAGAAUUCAUCUCGAAGCUUCGGAGCAAUCAAGUCUUCUUAAUCGAAGAAUCUCUGCAGAAUCUGAGGAAGCUCACUAGAACUAAUGAGGACUCAAGGAUCACACUCUGCACCCAAAGGAUGCUUUCGUCUUUGCGUGGCCUCGUUGCUUCGAAGUACAAAAUGGUUCAGGUGAAUGCCGUCGCAUGUGUCGUGAACCUCUCUCUGGAGAAAACGAACAAGGUGAGGAUCGUACGGUCAGGGUUAGUUCCGCCAUUGAUAGAAGCUUUGAGGGUUGGAUCCUCUGAGGCGCAGGAACACGCUUCCGGUGCGCUCUUCAGUUUAGCGCUUGAAGACGAUAAUAAAACCGCGAUUGGUGUUCUCGGAGCUCUUCCACCGUUGAUUCACGCGCUUCGAGUUGGGACUGAGCGGACCCGGCAUGACUCAGCCUUGGCGCUUUACCAUUUGUCGAUGGUUCAAAGUAACAGAACCAAAUUGGUUAAGAUUGGAUCGGUUCCGGUUUUAGUUGGGAUGGUUAAGUCUGGUCAGAUGACGGGUCGGGUUUUGAUGAUUUUGGGCAAUUUGGGUUGUGGGCCGGAUGGGCGGGCUGCAAUGUUGGAUGUGGGUAUGGUUGAAUGUUUGGUCGGGUUGUUGGCUGGGUCCGAGUCGGUUCAUGGAUCAAUAAAGGAGAGCUGUGUGGCGGUGCUUUACGUGUUGAGUCACGGAGGGUUGAGGUUUAAGGCCUUAGCGAAGGCGGCAGGAGUGGUGGAGGCGCUGGAGAAGGCAGAGAAGGAGGUGGGGAGUCAACGAGCGAAGGAAAAGGCAAGGAGGGUUUUCGAGAUGAUGAAGGGCAAAGAGGAAGAGGAGGAGGAAGACGUGGAUUGGGAGGAGCUACUCGACUCCGGUCUAGGAAGCCGGAGUCACAACCAGCAUGAUGGCGAGUUUGGCGGGCUAAAUGGGACGACCUCAUCCUCUGAAUUUUGAGUACAUCAGGACUGAUGGUCUGUUUUCUCAUUUUUGAUGUAAUUAUUUUAUUUUCUUAUUUUUUUUUUUAAAUCAAAGUGGUUUUAGACUUUUAGUUUACCGUUUGGUUU